AUGCAAGUUUAUGAUGAAAACACCGGUUCAGAUGAACUUAUAGGUAGCAUCGUGAUUCAAUUGGAUGCUCUCUUUAAAUCUGGAUUUGCCGAUAAUUGGUUUACCAUUACAAAGAAAGAAGGGAAAACUUCUGGUUACGUUCACUUAGUCAUGAAGUUUAGCGGUCAGGGACCAACACCUGGACCGACAGGAUACGCACCAUAUCCGGUUCCGACUAGUACUCCAGGAUUUUCUAGUCUUGGACCACAGUCAGGACCCAUUCCCGAAGGUUAUGGCAUGGGGACACCACCUCCGCCGGGUCAACCAGGAUAUCCUCCACCCUCACAACCUACCAAUUAUUAUCAGCAACCGUAUGUUGCUCAACCAGUCGCCUAUCCUGGUGGUGUCCCAACACCACAAAGUUCUGGUUACGGAAACAAUCCGACUUUUCCAUUACCAUCCGACAAAGAAACAUCACCGUAUGGCGUUCCUCCACAAAAUGCUAAUUACAGUGGUCAACCUACAGCUGUUUAUCCUGGUAGCGUUGCGCCACCAUCUUCUUCUAGUAAGGAUAAAAGUGGUGGAAGUGAUUGGAUGAAAACUGCUGGCAUCGGGCUUGCUGGGGCUGCUGCACUUGCUGGUGUUGCAUUCGUUGGAAAGGAAAUGUAUGAAGGAUACGAAAAACACAAAGAAAAAGAAGAAUAUGAACACGAAAGACAUGAAUGCGAAAAAUUUCAUCAUCAAGAGGGAGGACAUCAUCAAGAGGGAAAACAUCAUCAAGAAGGAAAACAUCAUCAGCAUCAUCACCAUUACUAA